AUGUUUAAGGAUGCCAAAGAAAUGGUGUCAAGGUGUGAUGAAUGUCAAAGAGCUAGUAAUCUAACCAAGAGAAAUGAAAUGCCACAGCAAUAUAUACUAGAGCUGGAACUAUUUGAUGUAUGGGGGGUAGAUUUCAUGGCACCCUUCCCAACCUCCUACUCAAAUAGCUACAUAUUAGUGGCUGUUGAUUAUGUCUCAAGGUGGGUAGAAGCCAUAGCCACUGCAACAAAUGACAACAAGGAUGUGAUAAGCUUCUUGAGAAGGAAUAUCUUCAGCAGAUUUGGAGUUCUUAGAGCUCUCAUUAGUGAUGGAGGAACACACUUCUGCAACAAACAACUAGAGACACUGCUUCUCAAAUAUGGAGUAAAACACAAGGUGGCAACUCCAUACCACCCACAGACCAACGGGACAGCCUUCAAGAUUCCCAUUGGGAUGUCACCAUACCAACUGGUAUUUGGCAAGGCUUGCCACUUGCCCGUUGAACUGGAGCAUAUAGCCUUCUGGGCUCUAAAACUACUGCAUUUUGAUGAGCAAGCUACUGGAGAAAAGAGAUUAAUGCAACUCAAUGAGCUGGAAGAGUUUAGAAAUCAAGCAUAUGAGAAUGCAAAAAUCUACAAAGAGAACACAAAAAGGCGGCAUGACCAAAAGAUAGCAAGAAGGGAGUUCACUGAAGGACAGAAGGUGUUACUCUACAACUCAAGACUCAAGUUCUUCCUUGGAAAACUUAAGUCUCGAUGGUCAGGACAUUUCACCAUACUCAAAGUGUUUCCCUAUGGUCAUGUGGAGCUCAUGGAGGACAAGACUCAGAGAACCUUUUCUGUCAAUGGCCACAGACUCAAACACUACUUGGGAGGCUCCUUGGAGGAGCAGAGAGUGAGCUACAAGCUCAGCUAA